AUGGGCAAGAACGUGACUUUUGCGAGCAAUAUGAGGAAAGCGGCCAAGUACGACGUCCUUGAAGGGGGCGAAAAUCUGGACGAUGAUGAGUUGGAAAGCCUCGGGGGCAUGGACCUAGAUCACAGUGGCCCAUGCGGUAACUCGCCGACCUUCCCAGACGAGUGGAAUCGUGAUCGUGUCUUAUGGGAUCAGCGUCUCCGCAAGAUUCGACGAGUAGCCUGGGCCGAGGGUAUUCUGCUAAUCAUUCUUCUCGGAUACAUCGUUUUGCUCAAUAUUGGUACCGCCUGGCCUCGAGAAGAAGUCACCCCGUUGGGAGUUGACCCCAGUGGUUUUGUCCCGCCAGAAAUCGGACAGCCUGUCAAGUGGGCUAAGUACGAUGAUGAGAGCGAUCCGCACUAUUUCAAGCCCGACGUUUUCGAGAGCCUCGAAAAUGUGCAAGCUGCUGCGAGGGAUUUCAAGAUGCUGCACAACGCAUCAAACGUGAGAAUCAACGGAAAAUACAGCACGUACAUGGAUUUCGAUAACAAGCAGCAACCGCUCCCUGCAUAUGUCACCCGCAAGGGAUCAGAGCUCUACAGCAUACGCGCUUUUCACCAGAUGCACUGCAUUUCAAUCAUUUUUGAAGAUAUCGGCUACAGGGUCAAUAACAAAACGUCAAAGUGGGAAACGGGCCAUGUCAUCCACUGUUUGAACACGGUGAGGUCAGCCAUAACAUGCCUAGCGGACGCGACGCCAAUUUCUUACGUUCAUGGUAUGGGUGUUGGCCACACUACAGACGAUCAGCAGAGUCAUUGCAGGGACUUCUUUGCGCUGAGGGAGUGGGCCCACGACCCGGCACGGGCAGUGAAAUGGGUCAAUGUUGCACCAGAGGAUGAGAAGGAUAAGUAUGAGGAGAUUGUAGACUAG